UUUUCAGUUUGAAAGGAUUUAAUUGUAGUUGAUAUAAUAAUUGGCAUUUAUAGAUCUAGAUGGUUCAAACUGUUAUUUUUAAUUUUAUCGUAGGCUAUGAGAAAUUUCAGUGUAUCAUCCAGGGCUACUUAUCAUGACAUCAUCGGCCAAGAUAUGCACGAAUGGAGCAACUUCAAACGGCCUUAAAAAAAGACUGCGUUUUUGCUCAGACUUCGAUCGAUCAAUUGUUAUUAAUACGUUUUUAAGACACGGAUGGAAAGAAGUAUCACCGGAAGGUGACUGGAAUAUUUAUUGGUCCAACACUUUGAAUUGUAGAAAUUUAUUUAUGGAAAAUAGACACAGAUUUCAGGAUAAUCAAUUAAUUAAUCAUUUUCCGAACCAUCAUGAAUUAGUACGCAAGGACUUACUUGUGAAAAACUUCAAUCGAUACCGUAAAGAACUAGAAAGGAACAAUCAUCCCUUAGCCGAAAAAAUUCAAGUACGUGAUCCAAGUGGGCGAACUGUGACACGCUAUUUAUAUUUAGAUUUCAUCCCGACAACGUACAUCUUGCCUACAGAUUACAACCUUUUCCUUGAAGAAUAUCGUAAAUCUCCACAGACAACUUGGAUACUAAAGCCAUGUGGCAAAUCUCAAGGGGCCGGAAUCAUCUUGAUAAACAAACUUUCUCAGCUAAAGAAAUGGUCUCGAGAAUCAAAGAAAUAUUUACAACAUCAACUCACAAGUAAGGAUACGUAUGUUAUUUCACGUUAUAUAGAUAAUCCGCUCUUGAUCGGAGGAAAGAAAUUCGAUUUGAGGAUUUACGUUCUCGUUACAUCUUAUCGCCCUUUAAAGGCUUACAUGUUUCGCAAUGGAUUUUGCCGAUUUUGUUCAAUGAAGUAUGACAAGAGUUUAACAGAGCUUGAUAAUGUGUAUGUUCAUUUGACGAAUGUCAGCGUCCAGAAACACGGCGAAGAGUAUAAUGAGAGUCAUGGAGGAAAACUAGGAAUACAGAAUUUAAAGUUAUACUUGCAAGGGACUCGCGGUAGUGACGUAACGAAACGACUUUUUGAAGAUAUACAAUGGCUGAUAGUUCAUUCUUUGAAGGCGGUGGCGCCAGUGAUGUUAAAUGACCGCCAUUGUUUCGAAUGUUAUGGAUACGAUAUUAUAAUCGAUACUGACCUAAAGCCAUGGUUGAUAGAAGUGAAUGCUUCACCUUCAAUGGUCGGUACAACUGAAAACGAUCGAAUACUGAAAAACAGAUUAGUUGAUAAUAUUUUGUCAGUGGUAUUGCCCCCAAAUGGAAUUCCUGAUGCUCGUUGGAACAAGACACCCAGUUCAGAUGCAUUGGGUGAUUUUGAUGUUUUAAUUGAUGAGGAUUUAAUUUACAAGGAUAAUAUAGCGCAGCUGGCACGAGAAACUGGGCAAGGUCCAAUGCGAAAAUAAGUAACUAUUUAUAAUAUUAUGUAU